GAGGAAACUCAUUUUGUCCACACCCAGCACUUGUCUUCUCUGCAAGGAAAGGCAAAAAGCUGGUUCUACCAGAACUGAAGCGCAGAGGGUGCUACUAGGCGACAGAGGAAGACAGUAGUUUAGUGAGCGGCCAGCAGCCAUGUCGUACCCAAAUGCUCCACCGCCAUACCAUGAUCGGGACCCGCUGCAUGACAUGGGCGCUUACCCUCAGCCAGGCGGGUACCCUCAACCAGGCGGGUACCCUCAACCAGGCGGCUACCCACAACCAGGCGGUUACCCUCAGCCUGGCGGAUAUCCACCCCCCGGUGCGUACGGGCAGCCAGCCGGAUACUACCCUCAGCCUGGUGGGUACCCAGCACCCUCAGGUUACCCACAACCUGGGGGGUACCCAGAGCCUGGCCAUAAUGAUCCUCCAAAGCCUGUGAUGCCCAUUUUACCUACAAUCCCUCUAAACACAGGUGAUGGUGAAAUGUACAACACGAAUGACGGAGAGGGUGGAAAUUUUGGUUCGUGGGAUGACAAGGCCGUGCGUCAUGCCUUUAUCCGGAGGGUCUACGCCAUCAUAGCUGUGCAGUUGCUGCUCACUGUUGGCAUCAUUGCGAUCUUCACUUACGUGGAACCAGUCACCUCGUUUAUUCGAAGAACACCCGGUGUUUACUAUGCAUCAUACGCUGUGUUCUUUGUCACAUACAUCGUGCUUGUCUGCUGCGAGGGGCCCAGGAGGCGUUUCCCAUGGAAUAUCAUCCUGCUGGCUAUAUUUACCCUUGCCAUGGCCUUCAUGGCUGGAACCAUUGCAAGUUUCUACAGCUCCAAAGCCGUGCUGAUCUCCAUGGGAAUCACCGCCAUUGUGACCAUAAUAGUGACCAUCUUCUGCUUCCAGACUAAGGUGGAUUUUACGUCCUGCGCAGGGUUGUUUGCUGUUUUGGGAAUCGUCAUGUUCGUGACAGGAAUCGUUACAGCCAUCGUCUUGGCCUUUAAAUAUGUGUACUGGCUACACAUGCUGUAUGCUGCACUCGGAGCAAUCGUCUUCACUCUGUUCCUUGCGUUUGACACUCAGCUGGUGAUUGGAAACCGGAAGCACACUAUCAACCCCGAGGAGUAUGUCUAUGGCGCCCUUAAGAUUUACACCGACAUUGUGUACAUCUUCCUGAACCUGCUGCAGAUUAUCGGCAGCCGGACGUAAACACGAGCAAAUUCCUUGGGAAUGAUAACACCCCCCUCCCUCCUCCUGUCUCUCUUAUGGAUAAUGCCUCCCCCUUUACCUCUAGUCUAACUUUGCCUUAGCUGAGGGAUCUGACAUCUUCAGAGGUACCCCCAUUUGUCUGGGGGUCCCAGCUCCUGUGCUGUCUUUUCCAGCUCCUUUUCUCCAUUCACCCCUCCAUUUCUAUACCAGGGGUCACACCAUUUUCAUUAUUUUCCAUGUGGAAUUAUUUCCCUUUCUUAUGUAUCUGAGGCAGGCACAGAGCAUGCUGGGAGAUGUAGUUACUGUUAACAUAAUUGCAACUCUAUUCUGUGAUGCCACAAAUGUAUUUUCAGAACAUUCCAAAUGCAUUUUAGUUGCCAGCUCAGUUAAACCGGCCGGAAUAGUGGUUCCCUAACAGUGGCACUAAUGCCAUAAUAACCCAUAAUCCCUUGCCCCCUGCUUGAUUAUUGCCCAUAUAGAGAGGCAUCUUCUGUAAAGAGUCUGCAGGUCCCUCUUGCUUAUUGUGCCCAAACAACAUAAAGGGGAAGUUUAAUUUUCUUUAUUUUAGUUCAUUGUUGUUGCAGAAGGGAGCAGUCUAAGCAACGUUGCAGAUGGUCUUUGUUUUUAAAUAUUGUGUUGUUUUUUUUUAGUUAUUUGCUUUUCUAUUCUGGCUGUUUUCAAAGUGAAGCUUAGGCUGCUGUGCUGUUGCAAUGGUCGGUGACUGUAACAAUGGAAAGCAAACUGAUCAUGAGAUUUUAAUUUUUUUUAAAGUCUUUCUGUUCAGGGGCACUUUUAUCCAUACUUUGUUCUGGUAGAGAAAUGCCUUAUUGCCUGGGUCUGUUGGUUUUAUUGCCAAACUGGAAAGCCGCCUAGCUAAAAGUACAAUUUAAGUUAAACUUCCCCUUUAAAAUCAGCUGCUGUUUAAUGGCAUAAGCCAAGCCUUGCACUCUGUAUAUAAUGUAUGUUUACUAUAUAUUCCUCUGAUACAGUUUUUCUUGGGGGUCCUCUGCCAGUAGCUCACAUACCACCCUGGCUGGGUACCUGUGGCCCCAAUACUGUUUUAUAUGUGAGAGUUCUAGGCCCACGGAUUGAUCUGCCAGGGGAGGAAUAUAAAGCGCUGUUCUGGGGCCCGAGGACUGACUUUGUUUACUGUUAUAUGUGCAUACGAGGUGCUGCCCUGUUACACGGACGCAAGUAGAAUUCUAGUCCCUUUCUGUUCUUUAACAGGCACUUUGCAUCCCACCCUCCCCACAGCAAGUCUGAAUUCUGGGGUCACCCCAUUAGUGCUUGAACAGAGAGAUUCUGGUCUGUAAGUGGUUUAUUAAAGGGAUGGGGUGGGGGUUACUAUACCCUAAUACUAAGCAGAAAUACCGUCUCCCAUGGAUCAUGGAACCAGACCAGAAUAUUCCUAUUAAUUCUCAGCUAAUGGGGCAGGUGUUAAAGUGCACUGAAAUGCUAAUGGCGCCUCCAUAAUGUCUUUAUCCAUAGAGGAUUUGGCCUUCCAUGCAGCCAGUUUGGGCGCUGUAUUCUUAACCAAGCGCCCCCUGCCUGUGGGUUUUAUAAUCAGUCGGAGAGCGUGGGACAGAAUGUACAUUAUAUGUAAAUAUUUCCUUUGUACCAAGUGACUGGGAGCCAGGCAAAGCCUUAAUGUCAAUAUUACCGACAAGAUUUCUAUUUUCUAUGUAAAUAAAAUUAUAUCCCACCUUG